AUGGCUGCUACUGCUCUAGCUGCGGCUGCUGCUCUGCUGGUUCCUCUGCUCCUGGGUCUUACUGAAGUCAACACCAGCUAUGUGGACCAUAACAUCAAAGGCAGUCCCGACCAGUAUGACUUCACCACGGGAACCAUUGCAUUGUGUGGGAUACUGCUACAGGCACUCCACUGGAGGGUCAUCCUGGCUGGGUUUGCUGUGGAGUGCCUGUGGCGCCACUCUCAAGCACGUCUUGAGAACUGA